CAGCGGUUGACAGGAAGUGUGUAAACGAAAAACCCGUUCUGUGUUUGUAGUUCAGCCUAAAAUUCACCGGAGUUUACAUUUGGGUUAGUUCUUGGGGAGACACGUGGACGUGAAUUAUGCGUUUAAAGAUCGACGUGAGGUAAAGAUGCAAUGGAGGUCGAUAGUGGUCGGUCUGGUCGUGUUGAGACUGUCUGUCAGCUGUGUGCUGUGGCUAGCCUUCGGACUGGGACCUAACCUCAGUUUGGGAUUCAACUUCCACUUCAACUUUAAUUUGCACAAAUUAGACGUGUUGUUCCGGGAGGAAAAGGACAGCGAGGCCAGGAUUAACUCGUGGUCUCAGCGAGUGCACGCCCGCAGGUAUGAGGAGAGGGCGACCACCUGUGCCAAGGUGGGAGAGGAGCCGGUCCGGGGGUCCUACCUGAGUCUGUUCGAUGGCAACAAGGACGAGUACGUCCGGAGGUACCGCAACUUCCCAGACCCGCUGAAAGCCAAAAUGAAAGACAUGGCCAGAGAAAUGUUCUAUUUCGGAUACGACAAUUACAUGAAAUACGCCUUUCCAGAGGACGAGUUGAACCCCAUUGCCUGUGAGGGGAGGGGUCCAGACGUGUUGAACCCGUCAAACAUCAACAUAAAUGAUGUCUUGGGGAAUUAUUCCCUUACUCUCAUUGACACCUUAGAUACCCUCCUGGUGCUUGGGAAUGUGACAGAGUUCCAGAGAGCCGUCAGACUGGUUAUAGAUACCGUAUCUUUCGACAAGGACUCAACUGUACAAGUUUUUGAGGCAAACAUAAGGAUCUUGGGAAGCCUCAUCUCGGCACAUAUUCUACUGACUGACCCAAAGCAUCCUUUUGGGAAGGUGGGCGUUGAAGGUUAUGAUAAUGAGCUGCUGCACUUGGCUCAUGACUUGGCUGUCCGCUUGCUGCCGGCCUUUGAAAACACCAGCACAGGAAUUCCUUAUCCCAGGGUGAAUUUAAAGACUGGAGUUCCUCCAGACAGCAUCAAUGAGACCUGUACUGCUGGAGCCGGGUCCCUACUGGUGGAGUUUGGGAUUUUGAGUCGCUUGAUUGGAGACUCAACAUUUGAAUGGGUUGCUAGACGAGCUGUCAGAGCUCUGUGGAAUCUGAGGAGCAACGAAACCGGUCUGUUGGGAAAUGUUGUUAAUAUCCAAACGGGUCAAUGGAUUGGCAAGCAGAGUGGUCUUGGAGCUGGUAUGGACUCCUUCUAUGAGUAUUUGCUAAAGUCAUACAUUCUUUUUGGUGAAAGAGAAGACUAUCAGAUGUUUCAAGCUGCCUAUGACAGCAUACAGAACCAUCUGAGAAGAGGACGAGAAUCUUGCAAUGAAGGGGAGGGUGACCCGCCUCUCUAUGUAAAUGUGAACAUGUUCAGCGGUGAGAUAAUGAACACCUGGAUUGACUCUCUUCAGGCCUUCUUUCCUGGGCUGCAGGUGCUGAGUGGUGAUGUAGAUAAUGCCAUUUGCCUUCAUGCCUUCUACUAUGCCAUCUGGAAGCGCUUUGGAGCUUUGCCAGAGAGAUAUAACUGGCAGCUGCAGGCUCCUGAUGUGCUCUUUUACCCUUUAAGACCCGAGUUGGUGGAAUCAACUUACCUUCUGUACCAGGCGACCAAAAAUCCUUUCUAUUUGCAUGUUGGGAUGGAUAUUCUUCAGAGCCUUGAGAAAAAUGCCAAAGUCAGAUGUGGGUAUGCCACUCUCCACCAUGUCGUGGACAAGUCCAAAGAAGAUCGGAUGGAGAGCUUCUUCCUCAGUGAGACCUGCAAAUACCUUUACCUACUUUUCGAUGAAGACAACCCUCUUCACAAAUCAGAUAACAAGUACAUUUUUACCACCGAGGGUCAUAUUGUGCCUAUCGACAAACGUUUCAGGGAGAAGCAGUGGGACGAUUUGUUUCCAUGUGAGGAGGGAGCCUUGGCCGAAAGUCAACCAAACAACCAGCCAAUCCUGAGAAACAUCAGCAAUGUGAGCGUAACGUGUGACAGGAUACCAGAGGAGCGACGGUACACUCUGCCAUUAAAGAGCGUCUACAUGAGGCAGAUCGAUAAUAUGGUGGGACUUUUUUGAGCAAGAGGACAGAUGUGCUGAAAAGAUCUUCAGUGUUCCCCCUCAAGUGUGGAUGCAGUAGCUUGAAGGAGACUCUGCUAAUCAAAAUCCUUGUCCCGUCUUUGCUGCUGCUCUGGAUCCAGAAAGGAAACUGAACUAAUAGUCUUGAGGAAGCAGUUUGCUUUCUUGCUGUAUUAGAGUGAAUGGUUGGGUGGGUAUUUUAGUUAUUUGGUGAGUGAGCAUGAAGUCAACAAAUAUGACAACUUUCCUGUUGCAAAAUGAAGACUCAUCCUUUAAUUUUUAACUGAUUAAGUGGUUUUAGAUGAAGCAAUUUUCUUUCUGAACAAAAAAAAAAAUGUCUGGGCAGGUAUGAGUGUGUUAGCCGUGUGUGUCUGUCUGUGUUUUUUUGAAUUUACAGCUGAGCUGUGAAUGAUCACUUUUACGGGAACAGUGCCAUUAAGCCUCAUGAAUCUAAAAUGCGUAGCCUAUAAAAACACUCACCUGUGCAAGAACAAAAACACCUAACCAUGAUCAAACAGUGCCUCUUUGCAUUUGAGUCACUUGACUAGAUCGGUGCAUAUUAAAUAAGGGCUGCACAUUAACAGACAGCAUUGAUGAGCCUCCACAUGAGUUGGAAUCACGUCCUUCAUUUAGAGACAUUCAUGUUUUUUUUCCAUUCAGUUGAAACACUUGUCAAGUCUUUUUUUUUCCCCACAUUUAUCAAGUAAACACUCAAAGACUUUUUAUUUAAUCCAGAGAGAAGCAAACAACAUGAGGGCAAUCUGCGUCCUACCUAAUAGAUUUUGACACAUAUCCUCAUGAAUCUUAUUACACAUAAUGUUGAGAAGAAAAACAGAUGUGUUGGUCAAUCAUGCUUCUUGCAAAGGGCAAAUAGGUGUACCAUGGGAGUGAGAUUUGAAGUGCCUUCUGUUUGUCUUGGUCUUUCUGGAUGCUGUGCAGCGCAUAGUAGUUAUGGAUAACAUUAUUGAAUAGGUUUCAAGUCCACUGUUGAUUUUGCACAAAAAAAAAAUGUCACUCCAUGUGUAUAUGCAGUUUUACACAAAUGACAUGACCUCUUCUUUUCAGACUUGACAAACCAAGCCAUAAGAUGUUUUUUUGAAAUGCCAGUCAAUGUUUAAUAAGUGGAAACUCUUCUGAUUUGUUCCAGAUUCAGUCUCAUUUCGAGAAGGAAGUUGUCAUUUGCUGUUCCUCUUUUCUAUUAAGUGCACAUCAUACUUAACAUGUGGUAAGAACUCAGGGUUUAAUAGAAAUACAAAAAAAGCAAAAAUGAAUGCUUUCAUAUUAAAGAAAACUUUCUUGUAAUGUCUGCUAACGUAUGUCUUAAGAUCGUUUUCAGUAUUUAUGUUACAAAUUGAGGUGGGUUGUUACGUAUCGGUUCUCUGAGGUCAAAGAAAAGCUGCACUGCAGUACAAUUUUACACACUUUUAAAAAGUGUAAUAUUGAUAUUAUGUUCUUCAGAGGUGCGCAUCAUGACUUUAUAUUGUACUGGCUGCUUUACUCAGUUACAGUUUAAACUCGAUGUUUUAUAUUUUGCCUUCGGCCGUGGAAGAUGGCUAUCCAUUUCACCAAGUGUCUAACUGACACUUUGCCUCAGGCCAGAUCACGGUUUUUUGUGAAAUACUGCCCUAAUCAUUUUGUUCAUGUUGAGUUGAAGUUUUUAAUGUUAUUGGGGGUUAAUUUACUCAUUUUGUUGCUGAUGUUGGGAUUUGAUGAAACAAAUAGUACCAGUUCAUAGUCUGGUCAAUACGCAACCUAAAUGGCAACUAACCUUUCCUGCUGGUGGAAAAAAUGUUGCAGCACUCUUUCCAGCGUCUUUACUCAUGGGUCUUGGAUGUACCAUGUUAUAAUUAGGAAAUCCUUUAAAUUAUCUGUGGAGGAACUUGUGUCCUUCUGCCAGUUCAACGAAUAUGCAUUUUCUGUGUCAGCCUGGUUACUUUAGGAUAGCUUAGCACAAAAAGUGCAACAACCUCUGCUCUGCUCACAACUGGACGGAUCAUAUUUUGUCUAAUGUCUACAAAAACUUUAAAGUGCCAUGCUUCAUCAAAUAAGAAACUAAUCUGUGAUUUCUGUGGAUGUGGAUUCUGAUGUCCAGACAGAGCCAGGCUUGCUGCUUAUCACCUUCUUUGUGCUAAACUAGUAGCUGUUGACUAAAGGUUUUAUCUACAGGGUGGGUGUGGAAUCAAUCCUCUUAUGCAACUCUUCUUAAAAAAAAAAAAAAAAAAAAAAAAUGUAAUUACUUUUUUUUUUUUUUUCAACUGAUUAGCAAGCAAAACUUUGUAAAGAAGCUGUGAAUUCAUACAUUUUUAAUUAAUAUAAUUUCCUGUGCAAGAUUCAGUAUAGCAUAACUGCACCAUUGCUGCUGUUAAGUCAGAAUGCAUAGACACCAGUUCACAUUUUUAUUUUUGUAAUCAACCCAAUAGAAAAUUGUUAUGUUUUGUUUACACUCAUGUUUCUAAUUAGGUCUUCCCUGUGCAUUGAUGCUACUAUGCAAGCAAAACUUCAGUAAAUUGUAAUUACUACAAUUGCAUUCUUGAAGCAUUGUCUAAUCUGGUUGAUUCAGACACAAAAGUAAGGGGGAAAACCAAAAAGUAGAUUCUAAAUAUUUCUUUAUUCUCUUUGUAAAACUGCGGCCUUGAACUGGGCGCUUAAAGGAGACCAAAAAAUUCUUCAAAAUGAAUAAAUGAUUGAGAAAAAGACAUCCCUGUGUGUCUAAUUUGUCAAAUAAAUAAUACAAGAAGUAAUGAGUUUUCUACAGAAGCUUUAUUAGGUUUAAUUGAGAUGAACAUUUUUGUGUCAUUUCUGUACAGGUCAGUUCUUUCAAAGGCUUUCAGAGAAGAAUUUUCAAAUUAAACUUAGACACAUCUAUCAAUCAGCAAUGUUACAGGUCACCAUUAUAUUAUCAAACAUCAUUAACUGUCCGAUAUAAAUCAAAUUGUAUUAUAUACACUGGCCCUUUUCAACUAGUGCAAAACUUACAUUUUCUAGUGCUUCUUUGAAAAUAACAUUUUUGACUUCCUUAAAUUAUACUACAAAAACUGUACAGUUGUGAGUGUGUGUGUGUGUC